UCAACAAAAAACGUACUCAGAAUAACUUCUUCAAUUACUGUUUACAAAUGCGUGAAAAACAUGCUGAAUGCCGCAUGUAAUGCUAUAUCUGCUAAUGUGGAGAAGGUGGAAAAAAAUGUUAUCUUGAGAACAAAAUCUGAUAUAAACAAUGACAGCGGUAGCUUUCAAAAUUCUAUUGUUGUUUCAAAGGAUGAAACUGGAGCCUUCACUCCUGCUAACGACGCCCUUUUGGAAAACAUUAAUAAAAAAACACUAGAAAAGGAAAAGCAACUACCCUCAAUUAAUGAUAGAUCCUCAAAGGAUCCACUAUAUAUGUGUGAAAAUGUAAUCAGAUCUUUCGGUAAAUAUCAGAAUUGUAUUCCUAAAAUCUGUAGAAUCAUCAUCCCUACUUACUGGAGUAUUAGAUUUGACUGGAGAAAGCCUGUACGAUUAGGAGAAGUCCAGGCUUUACCUACUAAUAACGCACGCAAUGAGAAAGGAAGUCCUUUUAAAAGAACGCGAGUAAGCAGGCGAGUCGAUAUGAAAAGUACUUUAGUUAAGACAGCCAAUAAAUUUGAAGUUAUAUACGGAGAAGUUGCAGGGGGAUUAGGACUUCUUGGUAUACAAACUGCUUGCCGUAAGAAGAGAUACCUUGAUAUACUAAAGCUAAUGAUAGUUAUACGUGACGGUAUCAACCGUUUGCUAAGAGAAUGCAAACAUGUACCAAAUGACAAACGUACAAGUGUAAUCAUAUACGGACUUGAACUCAAUUUUUAUGCAAUGGACUGGUGUGGAGCUGGAAUAUAUAGAUUUGGAAUGGUCGACCAUUGCAGAUUACCAUCAGACGAUAGUGACUGCGGAAUUCUUGAGGAUGCAUACUGUAUCUUCAAAUUACUUGAAGAAAGAUCACUUGAGACGGAAAAA